ACUUCGAAGUACCGUUCAGUAGUCGGUCAUUCGUCAGCUGUAGAGGAAGGGUUGUCGCGUGUACACGUCCUAGCGUUAUUUUCGUAUCUACUCAUCAUCACCACCUGAUUCCGGUUUUAUCGAGUGCUUCAGAACUCAUUCAAGCAUGGCGUUCAACAAAGAUGAAAUGCACGCACCGACCUGGAUGGACCAGGCCUUCUUCGAGAGGGUCCUGAAACACUCGGAGAAAGACCCGGCGGUGACGGUUAGCGCGCUCAAGAUCGUUCCCGGGUCCAAUGCUGGGGAUCACUACGCCAGCAUCAUCUUCCGGGCGGCCGUCAGUUACCAGAGCCGCGGGAAAAGCCACGAAGCGUCACUGAUUGUGAAAACCGUUCCGGCCGAGGAGGGCAUGAAGAAGGAAUUGCUGAAAAACGGCAUGCUGUUUGAGACGGAAACGUUGAUGUACAGUACGGUUCUACCGGAGAUGUACCGGCUGAUGAAGGCCGCCGGUGAUGAGACCGAACUGGGACCGAGGCUUCUUUACAGCACCAGUGAACCACACUGGGUGAUGGUUUUCAGUGACCUUUCCGUGCGUGGAUACACCGUCAAAUCUAGCCAAAUGGACUUGACGGAGGCCAAGAUGCUGUACGCCAAGUUGGGCCGUUGGCAUGCCGCUUCCACCUAUCUAGCUGACUCGUUGCCCGUACUGAAAACCCUGGACAAAGGACUUGGGACCAUGGACCUUCGAGAGUUCAAACCCAUGUGGACGAGUUUUAUCAUCACGCUUUCCAAAGUGUGUCGGACUUGGCCAGGCUUCGAAAGCUACGGAGACAAGCUGGAGCAAAUUAGUGAGGCCAUUUUCGACAAAUUGAGGAUUAUCUACACCCUGGACGAAACGACGCGGUACCACGUGCUAAACCACGGAGAUUUGCAUUCUAAAAAUUGCAUGUACAAAAUUGUGGAGGGAAAAACGGAGGAUAUCCUAUUGCUCGACUACCAAAUCUGCAUGUGGGGAACUCCGGCCAUCGACUUGAUCUACUCGAUGUAUAAUGCGGUCGACUAUGACACCAGAAACAGUCACCGCGAUGAGCUGAUCAAGUUCUACUACGAUGAAUAUGUGGCCGCGUUGAAUCGAUUUGGCUACCUGAAGAAAAUUCCAACCCUCGUAGAUCUACACGUUGAAAUCACGAAAUGUGGUCAUCUAGAAUCCUUCCUGAUUUGUACCUUCCUGCCCAUGAUGAUGGUGAUGAUGGAAGAAGGGGUACCUCAGCCACCGCCAAAUGCCGAGGAUGAAGGUUUCGAGUUUGACUUUGGCAAUGAGAGCAAAAUGACGGAGCUGAUCAAGCACAACUUGCGGAAUCCGAGGUGUGAAGAGGCUAUGAAGAAGUAUUUGCCCAUGCUGCUGUACAAGGGUUUGCUAGACGUUUAUUCCGGUUUUAGCGAGAGUUUCGGAACUCCUCCAAGCAUGGCGUUCAACAAAGAUGAAAUGCACGCACCGACCUGGAUGGACCAGGCCUUCUUCGAGAAGGUCCUGAAACACUCGGAGAACGACUCGACGGUGACCGUUGGCGCGUUGAAGAUCGUUCCCGGAUCCAAGGUGGGGGAACAUUACGCCAGCAUCAUCUUCCGGGCAGCGGUUAGCUACCGGAGCCGUGGAAAGGACCUCGAAACUUCGCUCAUCGUGAAGACCAUUCCGGCCGAGGAGGGUAUGAAGAAGGAGUUCCUGAAGAACGGGGCGCUUUUUGAGACGGAAACGCUCAUGUACAACACCGUCGUGCCGGAGAUGUACCGACUGUUGAAGGCCGCCGGAGAUGACACCGAGCUGGGACCGAGGCUCCUCUACAGCUCCAGCGAUCCGCACUGGGUGAUGGUUUUCAGUGACCUUGCCGUGCGUGGUUACACCGUCAAAUCUGGCCAGAUGGACCUGGAAGAGUCCAAGAUGCUGUACGCCAAGUUGGCCAGAUGGCACGCCGCUUCCACUUAUCUCGCCGACUCGCUGCCCGUCAUGAAAACUCUGGACAAAGGUCUCGGAAACAUGGACAUUAAGGAAUUCAAGCCCAUGUGGACGAGCUACAUCAUCACGCUGUCUGAGGUGUGUCGGGAAUGGCCCGGCUACGAAAGCUACGGCGAUCGGCUGGAGCAAAUUAGUGAGGCAAUUUUCGAUAAAUUAAAGAAUGUCUACACUCUGGACGAAUCGACGAGGUACCACGUGCUGAACCACGGAGAUUUGCAUGCCAAAAAUUGCAUGUACCAAAUUGUGGAAGGAAAAACCGAAGAUAUUUUAUUGCUCGACUACCAAAUCAGCAUGUGGGGAUCUCCGGCUGUGGACUUGAUUUACUCGAUGUACAACUCCGUCAGCUAUGAAACCCGAAACAGUCACCGUGAUGAGCUGAUCAAGUUCUACUAUGACGAAUUUGUGGCCACAUUAAACAGAUUUGGCUAUCUGAAAAAGAUUCCAACCCUCGUCGACCUACACGUGGAAAUUACAAAAUGUGGCCAUUUGGAAACCUUCCUCAUUUGCACCUUCCUGCCGUUCAUGAUGCUGACGAUGGAGGAACUGAUGCCACAGCCGCCGCCAAAUGCGGAGGAGGGCGUCGAGUUUGACUUUGCCGAUGCGGAUAAGAUGAAGGAGAUGAUCAGACACUGCAUGACGCAUCCAAAGUGUGAAACGGCCUUGAAGAAGUAUUUGCCCAUGCUGCUGCACAAGGGCUUGCUCGAUGUUUAAAGAAGUAUCAAAUUUAAAUUGUUUAA